AUAAAACUUUCCCAAAACAUUCUUCCUGUGCUACACUCAUUUUCAAUGCCGGCAUCAGCAUUACCUUUCAACUGAAAGUUUCAUAACGUUUAGCACACAGUGUGUACUGUACCAAGCCUACAUAUCGUAACGCGCGCUAGCUUUACAUUCGUGCCCGCGUUGCGAUCAUUCAAUGGCGUCUCUCUACUGCAGCAUCCGCUUUUACGUUCUGUGCAUCCUAAUCGAUCUCUACGCAGCCAUCCUGCGCCAGAUCAACCGCAUUCUGCGCAGAAACGUCGUGCCAUUUUCUCUCAACGCGCAAGACAUCCUGAGAGACGUCGAACGUUUGACUGACCGCAAGGCGCCCCUCCAACUCACCCAAGAGUGGCUCGACCUUCUACAGGCUGCAGUCGACGGUCUCAAUGCGAGCGAGUUCGUCAAGCCUUCUUUUCGCUUUCUAGUCCAGCGGAAGCUUCUCAUUCAACUACUGGUUGAAACCGUGGAGACCAAUGACGUCAUUAGACGUUAUCCGGGAGCUCUUUCGAUAUCAAUCACGCGACCUGUGUUUGUGGUAGGACCCGGAUGUCACGAUUCGGUUUUCCUUCAGCGACUCCUCUGUGUGUAUCCUGACGUCCACUACGCGACGUUAGACAAACUGCGGAGCGUCUCUUUGGGACUUACCGACAACGCGAAGUAUGGUUCCGCGUCGGAAUGGCCGGAAUCUGUCAGAAUUGCUAUGACAACCGUUCGAUGUCACGACGCAUGCGCGAACGAUGAACCGACUGAUUGUUCAGAGCUCAUGACGAAGUAUCUGUUUUUGAGAGUCUACGGAUCGUACCUGUGUGACUACAGACGAGCAUUCGAGCAGUACUUGACAUGCAAGGAAUUCGUCACUUAUGCCUACGAAAUGUACAAACAAGAUCUACAGCUCAUGUUUUAUAUCAACAAGGAAUUUGAAUCGGUCGAUGCUUCGUCUCUGGCUCGAUUCGUGUUUAGUUCUUCUCAUCAUUGUGCAUUCCUGGACGUCGUAUCGACCGUGUUUCACGAUGCUGUCAUCGUGCAGCUACAUCGACAUCCUGUUGACACCAUCGAGAUGCUCUUGAGUUCGGAUAAUGAAUCGAAGUUGGGGGUGGGAAUGACUGAAUUUGCUAGGAAUGUGCUCGACUGGUUGGAUGUUGUCUACCAGCAGAUGAUUCAACGAAGCAAGAAAUGGAGCAAAAACCAAGGAAGCGGGAGGAGGGUUCGAGUGAUUGAUAUCAAAUCUCAAGACAUGGAUCGUGACCCGAUUGGGGUGUCUACGAAAGUGGCCGAGUCUUUGGGAUGGGAGAGGAACGAGAAGGUUGAUGCAAAGAUUCGAGAUCGAGUUUUCAGAAUGAAAGGAGAAAGACGGAGUGUGGAGACGAGCGUUCUUUGGGAGUUAUCCAACUAUGAUGUCACUGCUAAGGAAAUCUGUAGGCGAUUCAAGAAAUAUUGUGAUUACUAUAAUUUAUGAAUGUUGGACAGUAGUGCUCUCCUGACUCUGUAGUGGUGUACUGCAGUAGUGGUGCUUGUUUGUAUAAUGCGAGUCGAUGGUAGAUGUUGAGAGACAGUGCUUAUACGUUUGCUGCAAUGAAUUAGCAGUUUGUCAU